CAACAUAUCGGUCUAUUAUAAUCACUGCAUGAGGACAUUUCCAGUUGAACACAGUUGAGCUCUACAUAGAUGAAGUGUUAGAUUUGUCAAGGCCACAAUGGGAUCUCUUGAAAAUGAUAUCAAUCAAGAUUUUCAGGAUGCCAUCGAUGUUAUUCAGCGUCAUUCUCAGAUACGGCACUAUGACACAGAAAAUAAAUACUAUGAGAAUCUGGAAAGUCAGCAGUCGUCUGUGAGACAUGCCAUCUCAUACUAUCAGUUCACACCUCAUUUCGAGCCUCCAGGAUCCACAUAUGACUGGAAUGAAUCCUCAUCGUGGCCUCAUGUUAUCCCAGAUGUGUCUCUCGGGUCUUUGUGUUCUACUGAGACUUCAGCGUUUUACUCUAAUUUACCACAGCGGCACGGGAAAGGUCGCAAGAAACUACGUUUAUACGAGUAUCUGCACGAAGCUCUUCACGACGACAACAUGGGCGACUCCAUCCAGUGGACGGACCGAGGCAGUGGAGUCUUUCAUUUCAUCUCCAAAAACAAAGAGAAACUGGCCGAAUGCUGGGGUCAGCGCAAAGGCAACCGCAAAACCAUGACCUACCAGAAAAUGGCCCGCGCUCUUCGCAACUACAGCCGCACGGGGGAAAUCGUGAAGGUGCGCCGCAAACUCACGUAUCAGUUUAACCCAGCGAUACUGCAGCGCUUAAGCUCACUGUCAGGCUACACUUCGGGCCCUUCAUCCAGAGAAAUGGCCCUCCAUCAACCGGGCUCUGCUGAGCAUGUGUACUACAGUUCUCCUCUACAGGACUGCCAUUACUGGUAUGGUCAAUACUCAUAUCAGACCGAGUAUGAUCUCGCUACUGUACUCACAAUGGAUCCUAAAACUGGAGUUUCAGCUCAGUGAUAGUCAGGAGUACAAUCUUUGUCCUUUAAAAGAUUGGAGAUGCACUGAAAUCAAUAAUGACGUGAUAAAAGUGAAAAGAUGUUUGCUACUGUGUAUUAGGAGUUCAUGCAUGUAAAUAGAUGGUAAAACACUGUAUUACAGUUUGGAGUCAUCAAGGAUGCAUUAAAUUGAUCAAAAAUGAUUGUAAAGACUUACUGAUUCAAUGAUGACUUAAUGAUUAUGACUUUUUAAAAAUGAUUUCUACCAUACAAAUCUAAUUUGUUUGCUUGUUUGUUUAGACUUUAUUAAUCCCAAAGGAAAAUUCACAUGUCACAGCAGAGCUCGCCAUACUAUAAAAUAAAUUACAUAUAUAUAAAAGGCAAUUAUAUUAAUAAAAUUACAUUCAUACUGCACACCUUAGUUUCAAACAACGAGUAGAUACUAGUCCAUAUCUACAGUACGAAUGCUAUUAGAAUUCUGCAUAAUUCAUCUAGUAUGACUUACUAUGCAAUCUGAUCACUGUUGGUAAAUCUGUCAAUUUUGUUUAUAAAUUAUUAAAAAAAUUAACAAGU